AGCGCUUCGACCAUCACUGUCCCUGGGUGGGCAACUGCGUGGGGAAGAGGAACUACCGCUACUUCUACCUCUUCAUCCUCUCGCUCUCCCUCCUCACCAUCUACAUCUUCACCUUCAACAUCGUCUACGUAGCACUGAAAUCUCUGAAGAUUGGGUUUCUGAACACAUUGAAGGAAACCCCAGGGACUGUACUGGAGGUGCUCAUCUGUUUCUUCACCCUGUGGUCGGUGGUGGGGUUAACUGGGUUCCACACCUUCCUGGUGGCACUGAACCAGACAACCAACGAAGACAUCAAGGGGUCUUGGACUGGGAAGAACCGCGUGCAGAAUCCCUACAGCCAUGGCAACAUAGUGAAGAACUGCUGUGAGGUGCUCUGCGGGCCUCUGCCCCCCAG